AUGAUGAAAAUAAUGUUUCUGGCAAUCUUUGCUGCGCUGGUCACUCUGCACGUCGACGUUGACGGAGGGAUUGUGGAAGAAGAGCACAGAUUUGAUUGCUACUGGAAAAUCGCUAACGCGAGUGAUAGAGUGUGUCGCAACCAUGAUCAAGAUGGAUUUUUCUUUUUCAACUUUCUCACUUGUUCAGCACGAUGCAAAUCUGGUAACAUCGAACGGCGACUGCCUCCCGGAAUAACGUGCGACGAAGAAAUAUCCGAGAGGGACGGUAGCCUGGGAUGUCUGGGUGAAUUUGGUCAAAACGACGAUCCCCUAGUAUGCCUUGGCUGCACACCUGAUGUCAUCAGUAAGCUGAGCAGAUGGCAGUCGGGGUGAGAU